CUUAUAAUAAACAUAUAAAAAUUUGUGAGUAAUUUUUCCUCUAAAGUUCAUCAAAAGAAAGUAAGGGGAAAGAGCAGAAUAUUUUCUGUUGUUGUUUUUGUUGUUAUGAUUUUGAGAUAGCCUCUGACUCAGUAGCCCAGGAUAUCAAACUCAAUGCAAUCCUCCUAACUCUGAUUUCUGGAACUGCAGCUGUGCACCGUCAUACCCACCUGGGGGAAGAGGAUUUCAAAGUCCCUCUCCCUGGGUAGGAUGCCUGCCUGCCUGCCUGCCUGCCUGCCUGCCUGCCUGCCUACCUUAUCCUUACUAAGCUGUGGCUGGGUCUUCCUGCCCCCAGAUCUGAAGUCUUCAGGAGCAACGAGCAGACUAUGUUUUUGUGAGGUUUCAGAGGAGGAUGAAGAGCAAGAGAGACAGAUAGGGAAGAAAAGGGAAUAAGUGAAACACAAAGGCAGAGAAGGGAAGAAAAGAGAGGAACUGGCUCAGAGCAAGCUCGGGAAUUGAGGGAAAGACGCAAGCAGGUGGAAGGAAUUAUAAGCUCAGAUCUUCUAGAAACUAGAACUCAUUGCAGACAUGCUGCUGACCCAGCUCUGACUCUCAGUCCUGCCUAGCCCUGAUCCUAGCCAGACCUAGCCCAGACCUUCACUAACCCAGCAUCACCCUGUCCUACCUAGUCCAGACUCCAUCCAGUCCCACUGACCCAGCCCUAACACCCAGGUCACUUACGAAGGUCUACGGUGGAGUCUGAGGCCAUGGCCAACCGCAGCCUCUUGGAACCCCUCCAACUGUCAUAGAACUCACCCCGCCCCCUGCUGCUGCCUAGCCCAAAUCCCUGAAUGCUGUCUGGGAACAAAGAGACAGAUAGCAGGAACCACAGACAAAGGGGGCAGGUAACUUUAGAGUCAGACCUACAGAUAUCCAGGAUGCCAUGGGAGUGCCUGGAAGCAGAGGCUGGUGCAAAUUGAGUACAUUCAGGGACUGACCCCAUACUGCUUCCCCACAUGGACCAGAACUCCUCUGGCCUCCAGAGCAAGGGGACAGUAGCUCCCGACAGCACACAAAAUGAAACCCAAGACUCUCUGAAAGUGACCUUCAGCCUCCCAGAUGCCACCCAAGGUCAUCAGGUCAACAUACAAGCACCUGUGUCCAUCAUCCACACUCGAGGACCCAACAUCCAGGAACCAUCAACAUCCACACCUAUGACCCGAAGGGUGAGCAUCCAGGAACCGCCAGCAUCCGUCUUUCUUCCUCGGAAGCUCAGUGUCCAGCCUUCCCCUCGAAGGUUCAGCACUCAAGAGACCCAUUCUCAGGGUUUCCAGUCCAAUACACAAGACAUACAAUCUGUUGCCUACAAUCGCUGGCUUAGUUCCAGAGAGGGCUCUGCCCUUUACCAUAAUCGCCGACUUGACAUCCUAAGUUCGCAUACUCUGUGCAAUGUCCAGUCAGAAAUCCACAACUUACAAACUGACAGCCACCUCUCCUUGACACACGACCUCAAAAGAGAAGCCAGGCCCAGUGUGGACGUCCCCCCAUCUAUAACACACAGUCCAGAGGCCAGCAUCAGGAGCUUUGAGUCCUUCGUCUGGGACUCCAAGGACGAAUCAGGAGGAUUGCCACACUACUCUCUGUCCAGUCAGAGUACUCUGGGCAGUUCCUUCAAAUUGUCAAGCAAUUCUACUGCAUUGGGCUCCAGCAGACCUGCUGGACCUGGCCUGGGCCUGCCUUCUCAUCUCCGGAAUCAUGAGCUUCUGCGUCUGCAUGGGUCUCAUCAGCACCAUAUUCUUCCCCAGCACCAACAUGCCCUGGAUGGACUUCUCGCUCUUCAUCUGCAGCCUCAUGACAGGCAUGUUACUACGAGGCUUCCCACGAAUGCCCACCAUGAAGAACAGCCACAUUACUCUAGACUCAGCCCAUCCCAUCCUCAUCUUCACCCUCAGGCCUAGCCCUACCGUCUUACAAAUUCCUAGUCACCAUGUUGUAUCCAGGCCUGAAACCAGCCUCAUCUCUAACUCCCAUCUCAAAGCCAGCAAAUAUAAAUGCCCAGGCCUCCUCCCUGACACCAGUUCCAUCUCCACCUCAUCCUGAAUUCAUCUUUUCCCAAACCACACUCCUUACUAUCCUCAGCCUCUUCACAAAUCUCAACACCCAACUUGGCUGCAAGCCAUGACUGUCUCAAGGUCAGCCCAGCCACGUCCAUUUAGUAAGUUCGACCUCACCUUGAGUCCCAACCCCUCUCUAGCUUCACCUCCUUCUCAGUCCGCACUCUAACCUACCAGCUGUGAACGUCCCCUGAAACUCACGCCAGACGAUUCCCAGCUACAUCACCUUCUUCCAUCCCACCCAAGGACGUCGUCCACCCAGUCUCACUUAGCACAGCCUGGACUCCACCUCUACACGCAGCUCCGUGUACAGUUCUGCCCGCCUCCCAACAGCAUUUCCUUCAAACGACAUUAUUUCUCCGAGUCAUAUUUCUCUCAUAUCUUGAGUGGGGAUACAUUUUUCUUUUUCUUUUUUUAAACUGGGUCUCAAGUAGCUGAGGCUGACCUUGAUUGACAGAUGUACGUGAACUCCUCCUGUUCCUACCUCCCCCGCGUGGGACAACAGGUGUGUGCUGGCACACCAAGUUUAUGUGGCUCUGGAGAUGGAACCCGGGGCUUUGUGCA